AUGGAGUCCCGGAUCGGGCAGCGGCUCGCCAACUUGGAGGCAGAGCUGCUGCCCGCGGGCAGCACCGGGGCCGGCGGCGUCCUCGCACGCGUUGGGCGUCUUGAGGAGAUCCUGGAGGGGGCCCAAGGUGAAGUGGCAGCUGGCCUUGCCCGGCGCCUGGAGAACCUCGAGGUCUUAGUCUUCGGCGUCGAUGGUGCCGAUGGUGAGGGUGAGCCGGAGGAACCCGAAAACGACAUUCCGGAGACCCCUGCUGAGCCGAGUGCGCCACCACCAAAGAGGGCGAAGGUGGAGCCUCCCCAGCGAGGCAAGGGAGCUGCUCCAGCUCCUGGCGCCUGGACUCCGCGAGGCCACGAAGACCUCGCCACCUAUGCGCGCCGGUUCGGGUUCAACCGGGACGCUGUCCGGACCCUCCACGAGCUUCCUCCGCACGUCCUCGAGAACGUCAAGCACAAUUUCACGCCCAAGCCGGACACAAAGGACGUCUCGGCCCUGUUCAUCAGCUUUGCGCGCUCCUGCCAUUUAAAGCAGACUGGCAUGCGGCUGGGGGGCCAAUUCUCUCAGGAGGCGAUCAUGCAAGAUGCGAUUCACGAGUUUGCGCAGAGGUGGAAUCUCAACGGUGAUGCGGUGGCGUGGUUGCAGAAGCUGGAUCUCCCACAAGUCCUCGAGGAAGUCGUCACGACCUUCGCUCCAAAUGCAGGCACCAAUGACGUGUCGGGCAAGCUGAUCAGCUUCACCAAGAGCGUGUACCAACGCCGGUCCGGGAAGCCGCUGCAAGACCCGUGGCAGUGGCGGUACGGUUAA